CGGGCGGGGCGGGGCCUCUGUUGGAGACCCUGCCAGUUUGCGGGCCCAGACGUGGCGCAGUGGCCGGGUGGUUGGCCUCCAGCCUGCAGAUCAUCAGCUGGGUACCGAUGAGCUUCCUGCUGCUGCCGCCGCCGGUGUUGCUGCUUCUUGCGGCGCUUGUGGCCCCAGCCACCACCGCCACCACCUACCGGCCGGAUUGGAACCGUCUGCGCGGCCUGGCCCGGGCCCGGGUAGAGACCUGUGGAGGAUGACAGCUGAACCGCCUAAAGGAGGUGAAGGCAUUCGUCACUCAGGACAUUCCAUUCUACCACAACCUGGUGAUGAAACACCUCCCUGGGGCCGACCCCGAGUUGGUGCUGCUGGGCCGUCGCUAUGAGGAACUAGAGCGCAUCCCACUCAGUGAAAUGACCCGCAAGGAAAUCAACGAGCUGGUGCAGGAACUCGGCUUUUAUCGCAAGGCUGCGCCGGAUGCGCAGGUGCCUCAGGAGUACCUGUGGGCGCCGGCUAAACCCCCCGGGGAAGCUUCUGACCGCGCCGACCUGUAGGUCCGGAGGUGCGGCGGGGCUGGGGCCACCCUGCCAGAGUCCCGGAGACCGAAUGAAGCGCUCAGCAUCCCGGGAGCGCCUCCCUUGCUGAGGGCCGACACCUCGUCUCCGAGCCAGCAGAAGUGGGGUGGGGGAGGUUCUUCCUAGCCCCCUUUUCUUCCCUCCUCAGCUCCACUAAAUUUCUUCCACCUUAA